AUGAAUUCCCAAAAAUUAAAAGAAUCUCCAGAAAAAGUAACUCGAGUUGAAAAUGAUUUAAAUUCGACUGAAAGAAUAGAAAAAAUAAAAGAUAAACUGCGUAAUAAAUGCAAAACAACCUAUACUAGCGUAGAGACGUCGAAAGCAGCAAGCAAUAAGCAAUCAGAGUUUAUAGACAUGCCAAGUUUGAACGAUACCAUUCAAAUAAAAAUCGAAUUGCCUGAUAGUUCAGAUGAAUUAGACCCACAAGAAAAUGUAGUAAAUCAAACGACAUAUUCGAACGACGAGGUCCAUACAUCACAAAAUGUUAAGAGAGAAUACACUACAAGAAUAGCGGAUUCAGCUAACUUAGGGCCGGAUGACGGUUGCAUAACAGCAGAUCCCCUAUUAGACGUAAUAAAUUCACUUAAAACUGAAAAAGUGCAACUACAACCGGUGCAGGACUUGGAGCAAAAUUUAAGAGAACUUUGUAUUGCUAACAUGUGCAGUUCUGAAGACAACACGCCAAUUGAUGACAGCGGAGAAGAAAAUAAAGAACUAAAAACAACAGUUGAAGCUAUGCAAAUAGAAGAAGAAUUACCAGAGAAAACGGAAUACGAUAAGAAAAAUAUGCGAAAAGAACUGUUAUUAGAACAGGAAAGAAAAUUAUCUACUUUGCGACACCAACAAAUCCGAUUGAAGAUACAAUCGAAAUUCCCAAAAGGAACGGUAGAUCAAGAAACACAAACGGAGAACUCAGAGGUUCCACAGCAACAAGUUCCGUCCCAAGAAGAAAUAUUGCAACAUCAAAUCAAACAACAACAACUCGAAAUAGAUCAACUGAAACUUCAGAACGCGAAAAAACAACAAGAGUUUGAUCAUCAGAUAAAACAACUAAAGCUGGAAGUAAGCAACUUUAAACAAAUGGAGCAGGAUAUUCAAUUGCGAUAUCAAAAGAUCUGCAGCACAAAUACACAGAACUUUGGUAAGCUUCAUUGUGAAAUAGAAAAAUUGCUGUUUUGGUUGGAAUUCUUCUACCACGAUUCAAUUACGAAAAAGACUCCAGCCAAAAGACCAAGAAAACUGCCUCCCAAAAAACAAAUGCAACAUAAUUGUGCUACCGAAGCAGAAUUUGAACACUUAUUCAAUACCAUUUUUCCCGAAUACCUUUUAUCGUUAACAACUAUAAAUAACCGUGAUAUUAUUCGAAUUCCACAAAUCGACAUAUCAUAUAAGAAGUAUUUAGCGCAAACCAAACAAGUACUUCAGAUAUUUGCUAACUGCAUGAGCAACAAAAAAUCAGAAAUAUUACAAUUCAUUGAAUAUAAAACAAGUUCAGGCAUUCGUAAUGAGCUCCAACAUAAGAAUUCUAAUAAACUUUUUCAUUUAACUGAUUGGAUUAACAGUGCUUGUCAGAUUCCUGCUACACUACCAAAGGGCUCAUCUAUACCAAAAGAACAAGAGCAGAACCAUAUAAGCAGUUCAAUAGCUGAUCUGAAUUCUAUCGAUUUAAGUGGUGAGAGCCAGUCAAUCACUAAUGUAAACCUUCCUAAUCCUUCAACACCACCUAAUAUUCAUACCAACUCAGUUUCCAAUAUUUCACCUUCAACGAUUGGUAAUGCACCUCAUGUAGAAAAUAUUUCUCCUCCUCAAACCGAACAAGGAAUUAUUACUCAGAACUCACAAAAUGCAUUUCUUGCAGGUAUUAAAAAUCAGCAGAUACAUGUAUCCGAUGGAGGAAGUUCAUUAAUUAAUACAGCGUUUCCUAAUAUGAUUCAGAGACAAAAUGAACCAACAACUUUUCAGCAGAUUAGUGCAAAUGCUGUUCUUCCAAGCGCGAGAAACAAUCAAACGAAUGCAUCAUUCAUUGAGGGGUCACAUAAUCAUACACUGUUUUCUACUCGACAGCAAAAUGAACCAAUGGUUCUCGAUCAACCUCAGCUAAAUAUAAUGUCUUCAGAAAUCAACCAUCAACAAACUCAAAAACGAAAUACAAAUUAUUCACAUAUUCAUAGACCAACACCUCCUUCACAAACGCAAAAUGAACAAUUGACUAUUGAUCCGCAUUCAGUAAAUGUUGUUCAUACGGAAAGUCAACAACUCCACCCAACGAAUGGACAGAACUCACUUUUCAAUAAGCAAUUAUAUAAUCAGGAAAAUAUUACACAUCAAAUACUUUCUACAUACCCUCAACAAAAAGGUGUUGUUUUGAAUGGAGAACACUUAGUCGAGACUGUUAUAAGAAACCAAAAUGCACCAACUUAUAUUCCACACAAUGUAAUGCAACGCCCUCUAACAAAUGAACAAAAUUAUGGAACACAACAGUCGUCUAACAUUUUAAGAGCGCAAGUCACCCAGCAAAAUAUAGCAAGUCAACCAACUUCAAUCAUUUUACAUACGAACUCAAGCCAAAAUAUGAACAAUUUAUCUCGUAACGACCAUGUUCACAUUCACCAAAAUAAUCCAAAUCAAUACCUACAAAAUCAAAAUCCUUGUGAAAAUUAUCCAGAUAAUUCAUCAGUUUUAUUUGGUACACUACCUACGGAUGAAAAUAAUCAGCAUAUUUUAUCUCAAAUACAUAAUCCAAGUAUAACACAACAAGUACGAGUCCCAGCCCAACCAGAACUGGAACACAUUCUUGCCCAACAAAAUAGUAUAGUUAAUCUAUCCCAAGAAAGAAACAAUUUCUCUCACUUCAACAGUGAUUGUCAGGAUUUAUCCUUAAAAUCUGUUCGAAUCAUACCCACAAAUACUUCUGAAAAUAUGAUUUAUUCAGCAGAAAAUCCAAUGAAUCUAUGCCAAGAACGUUCAGUUCUUUCUAGUUUAAAUGGAAAUAACCAUAGAUAUUCUUCCAGCUUGCAUUCACCCGAAACUGCAUACGAACAUCAAACAAUGCCAUCGCAUUUCCAAAAUAAUCAACAAUCUCAACAAAGUGUGAAUAUGCCAAAUUUUACAGAUCUAAACAUUCCACAACACAGAACUUUAGGUUCGCUAUAUUCUGAACCAAGUCAAUUCAAUCAUUAUGCCGAACGUAUCCAUACCAAUGUUUCAAAUAAUAAUACGUUAUCUGGUUUCUUGCGUCCAAAAACACCACCAAUAUAUUACUCCUCCCGCCAACCACAAUCAAUCAACAUCAAUGGUUCAGUAUCACUCUUGCAAUCGGAUUCAAACCCCAUCGCAAUGCAGCAAAAGUUAAUUUUACAAAAAUCAAUGUACGCAAACUGCAACGCAAAUAUGAGAGCACCGCCAAGUAAUCCACGUCGCACACCUCUACGCAGAGCCUCUAUUGAUGUAUCCAGUCUUGAACGAGAAAAUUUUUUACAACAGAGAAAUAACGCCAUGUAUGCCGCAGCGAACAGAGAACGGCUGCAUCCUUAUCAUGUUGAUCAGGCUCACCGCUCACCACCGAACGCACAGCAUCAAUUCUCCCUAAAUGCUACUACUGGGGACUUACAUGGCAGCUUGAAUUCUAACCCAUAUUUUCAAGCAAAUGAGUGGAAUGAACAAUACCGCAACCGUUGGCCACAUGCCAAAUGACAGCAGUAUGGAAAUUGCAAUUUUUUAUUUAAU